AUGGGAUCUUUGAAUGUUAUGCCUACUUACAAAGCCUACUUCAACCUCAACACCACUCUCUUUUCUUUCAAUUCAGCGGUCCAGUACGUGGGUGGAGUAGUUGCCACUCCCUUCGCCGGCUACCUGGCGGACUGGCUUGGACGAAGACGGUCCAUUACCCUCUCCUGUGUCAUCACCAUCGUUGGUGCAAUCUUGCAAGGUGCCGCGCAGAAUGUUGCCAUGUUCAUUGUUGGACGCUUUAUCAUCGGGUUCGGCAUGGCCAUUGCGCAAACGGCAUGUCCUAUCUACGUCGCAGAAACGGUCCCUCUUAAGCAUCGGCCAUUCGCACUUGGCCUCUACUAUGCAUGCUGGAACCUUGGAACCAUAUUAGCCAGUUCCACUUCUUUCGGAGUUCGGAAUUAUACCUCAAACUGGCAGUGGAGAAUUCCCAGCUUGAUACAGGUUCUCCCAGGUGUAAUUUGCAUGGCCAUCGUGAUGUUUUUGCCCGAGUCGCCCCGUUGGCUUGUUUACCAGGAUCGUCAUGAGGAAGCACUAGAAGUUCUAGCAAUCGUCGGUGCCCAAGGAGAUACAGAAGCUCCCGAAAUCCAGCUUCAAUAUCGCGAGAUCACCGAUACUCUGGCUUUUGAGAAGAGUCGAAAUUUGAACUUGGUGCAGUCCUGGUCCACAAAAGGAAACCGGAAGCGACUCACUUUGGCAUCUACCUUCUCCUUUAUCGUCAUGUGCGGUGGCAGCAAUGUCAUGGUCUUCUAUUUUGGAUCCAUGAUGAGUCAGGCUGGAAUUAAGGACUACAAGACUCAGCUAAAAAUCAGUCUCAGCUUGAGUUGUUGGGCCCUUAGCUUCGCCAUUUUUGGCUCCUGGCUCGCUGGUCGUGUUGGCCGAAAACCCCUUUGCGUCGUUAGUCUGGGCGGGCAAACCGUGUUUCUAUUCAUCUUCGGUGGGCUUGUUGGAAAAUUCGGCACAUCAAACAACAACUCUGGUAUCUAUGCCGCCAUUGCUAUGCUUUUUCUCUUUCAAGCUAUCCAUGUUAUUGGAGUCACCCCCCUCACGGUGCUCUACCCACCUGAAAUCCUAUCUUACGAAAUCAGAGCUUCCGGUAUGGCCUUGUAUACCUUUACCACUAAAGCCCUGGGCUUGGUGACCGUAAUGGUCUGGCCAUUCUCGUUCAAGGGGAUCGGCUGGAAGACCUUCAUGUGGAAUGGAGGUCUGAACAUCCUGAUGGUUAUUGGGGUCAUCUUGUACUGGGUCGAAACCAAGGGCUUGACCCUAGAGGAAAUAGACGAGUUGUUUGACGGGGUUAAGCAUUCAGAUGUGCCUAAUCUGAAGGAAGUCUCUGGCAAAGACAAUGAAAUUUUGAUCUCCACUGAGAUGAUAAAAGAUGCAUCUAAGCAUGACGGGCAAGCACGCUGA